AUGCAGCCCCCCGUCUGCCCCCGCCACGCCUGUGUGUCUGCCGUGCGGAGCCCGGUCACGGCCUGUCCCCUCACUACGUCACGCCGAGUUCCUCGCCUCACCACCCACCCCUUCUCGGUGAUGGACAUUGUUCCGAUGGGGAGACACCUGCUCUCUACCAAGGGGGAAGUCAAGGAGGCCGAGGUCCGGACACCGGGGACCUCCAUCUCUCUGAGUUAUAGGCAUCCAGCUGUGUCCCUCACAAUGGACCCCACGACCUUACUCAAUUCCCUGCCCCCACCGCCAUCACAGUCACAAGCCAGGGUGGGGUUCGCAGUGACCCUGGAUGUUCAUGCCUUGUCUGGGCCCGGUCCCCAUCCAGUGCCGCGCUGGCAGCAGGCUGGCCAUCCCGGAUGCCAGCGAUGGCACUGGGGCAGGCGGGCAAGGCCCCCAGGGCAGGACCACGCCCCUGCUGUCCCCCACUUCUGCCCCAGCUUGUGA